AUGCCAGCUCCUACUCUUCCUCUCCCUGGCGUUCAGCACGGCCAGCGGAUCUUGGCCUCCGUGAUUGAAAGCCGCGCCCAGGAGGGCCCUGGAAGUACCUGGGUGUCCGUUCCGGUCGACGAGAAUGAUAUCACAAGAGGCUUUCGCGACAUCAGCUACGACGCCUUGGACAACGCCGCAAACCAUGCAGCGCAAUGGCUGCGCCAACACCUCCCCCAGACAGCGGAAAGCUUUCAAUGUUUUGCCUACGCAGGCCCUAAAGACCUCCGCUACCCGAUUCUCGCUGUGGCGGCAGCAAAGUUCCAGAAAGUGGUGGGUUGGGAGAUUAUAUGCUGGUUGUCCAGAACGGUAUGCUGA